CCACUCAACAUGCCGAAACGCAAACUCGCCGAGCUCAACGGCCCCGCGCGGUCGAGCGACACCCGCAAAAUGUCGAUCCACGGCACCCGCCUGACGCAAAUGUUCGAGAAUGGCGUACAGGUCCUGAUCCGCGCGCUAAAGACGUCGCGCGGAUUUGAGCGACAGAAGCUCAGCCGACGAGAGAAGACCGCGAAGUCGCAGAAGGAUAUGAAGACAUUGGCGCGGCUAUCGGAGGAGAUUGAAGCCUUGAAGACUCUGAACUACCUCGCCGUCUCCGAAAAAUACCUAUUCAAACAACUUAUCAAGACCAAGCGCAUUGCCGAGACACGGACAUUCGGCGAGUUCCAGGAAGUCAAGAAAGUGUCACAGGAUGGACCGAAGAAUACCGCCGAAGCCAAUAUUCUCGCGCGCCUAUUCAAAUCUACACCCGUGCAGAAAGAGAUGCCGGUCAUCAUGGCCGGUAUUCGAAAAUUGUUGAGAGUCGACGAUGCGCCGACUGGAAAGGAGGGCAAGAAAGAUGCCAAGAAGGAGGCUGCACCUAAGAAAGCGCCAACAGAUGAUAUUUCCGAUUCAGAAUCUGAGGGAGUGACGUUAAAAUCUCGGCGCGGUGAGCAGGACUCCCGUGACAUGGAGAUCUCUGAAGAUGAAUCUGGGAGUGAAGAUCUUUCACAGUUCAAUUCGCGACUUGCGCCAGGUUCGGACUCUGAGGAUGAGGCCGAUGAGGAAUCUGGUGAUGAUGAUGACGAGGAAGAAGAAGAGGCUUCCGACGCAGACGAUAUCUCCCACUCUGUCUCCCGCUCUCCUUCACCCGACUUCUCUGGGGAAGAUUCUCCGCCACCUAAGAAAGUAAAGGGAGUCAAGGGUUCGACUGCACCAGUGAAGGAUACAACAUUCCUUCCUUCUCUAAUGAUGGGUGGCUACUGGUCUGGUUCAGAAGAAGCCACAGAUGACGAGGAAACAUCUGGAAAGAAGCCCCAACGCAAGAACCGCAUGGGUCAGCAGGCUCGCCGGGCGUUGUGGGAGAAGAAGUUCGGCGCAGGAGCCAAUCACGUCAAGAAUGAACAGAUGGCUCAGAAAUAUGGUGGCCGAGACAAUGGCUGGGAUACCAAGCGUGGAGCUACGGAUGGUGGAAGAGGAGGAAGAGGUGGUCGCCGUGGUGGAUUUGGUGGUGGCUCCGGACGGGCUCAGGAACGGCACGAUGCUCCUACUGGCAGAUCCAAACCUGCGCCCAAGAAGGACGAAGGUCCAUUGCAUCCUUCUUGGGAAGCAAAGCGGAAGGCCAAGGAACAGGCUACUACUGCGGCUUUCGCAGGAAAGAAGAUUUCGUUCGAUUAG